AUGAACUUCAACACUCUAACAAUAGUUGAUUGUUUCUUGAUUUUAUUUGGCUUAUCAAUCAUUUAUGCAACAACACCCGCAACAAAAACGACUACUAAAAGUAUAGUGAGUUGUCCUAAUGAUCAACAAGUUUGCGGUAGUACAUGUUAUUCUCCAAUUAAUCAAACAUGUUUUAACAAUAAUCAACUUUGUUCAAUCGGUCAAGGCAUAUGUAAUUCAACAUGUUAUUCACCACAAGUACUGUCACUACCAAAUACAGUAUGUUUAAAUAACAAUAUUCUCUGUUACCAAGGUCAAAAACUUUGUGGUACUGCCUGCUAUAAUGACUAUUAUUAUGGCAUUUCAUUAUCACAAAAUUCUACUUACUACAAUUGGUCUGUUAUUCUAUAUGGUGAUGGAUCCAUUAAUUAUGGUUCAAUAUGUUUUAAUAAUAGAUUAAUUUGUCAAUAUGGACAAUUGCUUUGUGGUAAUAAUCAAUGUUAUAAUUCAAGUAAUCAAACAUGUUUCAAUGAUCAAAUAGUAUGUACAAUUGGACAAAUGAUAUGUAAUACAACGUGUUAUUAUAAUGCUUCACAAAUAUGUUACAAUAACAGUAUUCUGUGUUAUUUUGGUCAAAGUUUAUGCGGUAAAACGUGCUAUUAUACAUCGUAUCAAAUAUGUUACAGUAACAAUUAUGUUUGUUCAUCAGGAUACAGUAUUUGCGGCACAACAUGUUAUUAUUCCUGGUGGAACCAACAGAUAUGCUAUAAUGGAAACACUCUUUGUUACUCUGGACAAAGUGCAUGCGGUACAACUUGUUACAAUCCAUAUUCUCAAACAUGUUAUAAUAAUCAAAUACUCUGUACUAUUCAAUGGAAUUUAUGUGGUUCAACAUGUUAUGAUCCUAAUCAGCAAAUAUGUUACCUUAAUAGUAUUCCUUGUACUAUUGGAAGCUCACUUUGUAAUUUAACAUGCUAUAAUAAAAUUACACAAACUUGUUAUAAUAAUACAACACUAUGUCCAAUACAAUAUAAACCUUGUGGUAACAAAACAUGCUACUAUCCACAAGGACAAAUCUGUAAUGGAACAACUGUUAGUACGAAAAUAUGA